CCACUUUUGUUAACCAUUCAUGGGGGUCGGUUGUAGUAAAGCUGGCAAGGAAUUGGACGGUAAAGAAACUGGAGAAGAAAUUAUUUUUGAGAGAGCGCUUCCAGAAUAUUACCAGAAACGGCUGUCUACAACUUUACCACCGUCUUUGUUGGAGUUGUGCUUGCGCAAGUUGGGUGAACACCCGUCGUUUAUAGGUAGUUUGUGUCAUACUCGACCUCCACAGACUAAGUUACUUCUUCUAGAUGAUACAAAGCUUCCAAGAGAGUUAAUACAACGUCUUGUUGAAUAUCUUGUAGAAUCAAGACGCUUAAAUUGCGAAUUUUUGGAGACAUUGCAACAGCACUGUGUAUAUAGAUUGCGUUUCACUUCACAGCUUCAGGUUACCAACGAUUGGCUUUUUUAUCUGCAAAACCUAAGUACUUUAAGUCGUUUAGAACUGAAAGACUGCAAAUUUAUAUCCGAUGAAGGCUUGUCUAAUCUUGCAGAAAUAGUCUCACUUACUUAUUUGGACCUUGCUGGUUGUGUACAGAUCACAUCAGAGGGCCUUCAACAUUUGGCUGGACUGAAAUAUCUGAAAGUUUUAGUUUUAAAGUCUUGCAAGCAAAUUACGAGCGAAGGUUUAUCGUAUCUUGCGAACUUACAUAACCUGACUCGUCUUGAUAUUGAACAAUGUUCCGAAGUUUCAGACUCAUUUUUGCAAAGCUUAAAUAGGCUAACAAAGUUGGAAGAUUUCAAUUGUGCUUGGUGUUUUCGACUCUCAGAUGAAGGCUUGACUAUUUUAAGCAACUUUCAUAGAAUGCGAUAUCUCAAUAUUUCGAAAACCCGAGUAUCUCAAAACUUUGGAAGGUUUUUACCAGGUAUGCCGAGAUUACGGGUUUUGAAAGUGGCCGGUACCGGUUUUAGCGACAGAGAUGCUCAGUAUCUACGUGGAUUAUAUAGUUUGAGAGAACUAGAUGUGGAAGGCUGUAGUGUUGGUGAUCCUUUUCUUGCCACUAUCUAUGCUCUUCCACGAAUUCGUAAACUGAACUUGGGAUAUACAAAAAUAUCGGAACGAGGAGUUUCGUUGUACCUCGGAAAUAUGUUGAAGUUGCAGUAUCUUAAUCUGGAUUCUUGUCUUAUCGGUGAUUUUGCAGUAGAACACCUAUCAAGGCUUGAACAACUGAAAUGCUUGGAUUUGACGGAUACUACAGUUUCGAGCUCGGGACUAAGCGGAUUGGCAAAUUUGACCAGUUUGGAGACGUUGAUUCUUGCAUAUACUUCUGUGUCAAACUCCGGUUUGGAACAUUUGAAGAAUCUUACAAAACUGGAGUCACUUAGUUUGGAUACGCGAGGCAUCAGUGAUGAUGGUUUGGCAUAUCUAAAGAAAUUAAAACACCUGAAGCAUCUUGAUCUUUUUGGUGCCAAAGUGACAGACAAUGGUUUGAGACAUAUUUCGGAAAUUUCGACCCUGGAAUCUUUGGAAGUAUGUGCUGGAGGAGUAACUGACGCUGGUCUUGAAAGCAUAGGCAAGUUGCGUGCACUUCGAACUUUAAAUCUAUCACAGAAUCAUCGUAUUACCGAUGCUGGAUUGAUACACUUGUCUUGUUUGUCGCAUCUUACCUCACUCAAUUUGAGCUACACCAAUGUCGGUGAUGGAAUUUGUUCUCUUGUUCAAAAAUGUCCUUCGUUGCGUAUGAUCGGUAUAGAGAGAUGCGGACUCUCAAUCGCAGCCAAAAUUCGAUUGAGAACACAUCAACGAAUAUCCGUAAUCGGAACAGGAAUAGGAAGUUAUCCGUUUAUUAUUUGAGCCUAUCAUACUUGGCCCUUGUUUAUUUAAAAGUAUCGUGUAUAGUUCCUUUUUUUCAUGUUGCUUUAUACACCUUUCUCUUUUUAUAUAAGUUUUGCUUGCGACUAGCGUGAGUUCAGUUCUUGCGUGUAAAGGAAUAACUUGUUAUUGCAUAAAGAGUUGCGCUCAGAG